CUACUAUCUCACCUUAGGCAAUAUGAAGUCCUGGUUUUCUCUCGGGAACGGGAGCUGACCCAGUUAAGCGUGAAGUUACGGGAAGGGAGAGAUGCCGCCCGCUCAUUGAUUCGGCAUCUCCAGGCCCUUCUGACUCCGGAUGAGCCGGACGAGUCCCAGGGGUGGGACCUCCGAGAACAGCUGGCUGAGGGAUGUAGGCUGGCACAGGACCUCAUCCAAAAGCUCAGCCCAGCAAGUGACGAAGACAAGGAUGAAGGUGUUAAAGUUGAGGAGGCUGAGAAAGUAGAGGAGUUAUGUGCCCCCAGGGAGGUGCAGAAGGCUGAAGAAAAGGAAGUCCCUGAGGACUCACUGGAGGAAUGUGCCGUCACUUGUUCCAAUAGCCACGGCCCUUGUGAGUCCAACCAGCCUCACGGGAACACCAAAAUCACAUUUGAGGAAGACCAAGUCGGCCCACCUCCAGUUGUAGACAGUGCAUCCUCUGAUGAUGAACGGCAGGAUGCUCCAAACCUUCCCCCAGUCCCUGGCCCCACCUCUUCUGCCACACACGUCAGCAUGGUGGUAUCUGCCGGCCCUUGGUCCAGUGAGAAGGCAGAGAUGAACAUUCUAGAAAUCAACAAGAAAUCGCGCCCUCAGCUGGUAGAGAACAAACAGGAGUUCAGAAACCUCCAACAGAAAUUUCUUGUAACUCAAGUGGCCUACUUCCUGGCCAAUGGGCAGAAUAAUUACGAGUAUGAAGACUGCAAAGACCUCAUAAAGUCUAUGCUGAGGGAUGAGCGGCUGUUCGUGGAAAAGCAGCUUGGAGAGCAGCUCAGGCAAUAUGAAGUCCUGGUUUUCUCUCGGGAACGGGAGCUGACCCAGUUAAGCGUGAAGUUACGGGAAGGGAGAGAUGCCGCCCGCUCAUUGAUUCGGCAUCUCCAGGCCCUUCUGACUCCGGAUGAGCCGGACGAGUCCCAGGGGUGGGACCUCCGAGAACAGCUGGCUGAGGGAUGUAGGCUGGCACAGGACCUCAUCCAAAAGCUCAGCCCAGCAAGUGACGAAGACGAGGAUGAAGGUGUUAAAGUUGAGGAGGCUGAGAAAGUAGAGGAGUUAUGUGCCCCCAGGGAGGUGCAGAAGGCUGAAGAAAAGGAAGUCCCUGAGGACUCACUGGAGGAAUGUGCCGUCACUUGUUCCAAUAGCCACGGCCCUUGUGAGUCCAACCAGCCUCACGGGAACACCAAAAUCACAUUUGAGGAAGACCAAGUCGACCCACCUCUAGUUGUAGACAGUGCAUCCUCUGAUGAUGAACGGCAGGAUGCUCCAAACCUUCCCCCAGAGUCUGAAGACUGCAAAGACCUCAUGAAGUCUACGCUGAGGGAUGAGCGGCUCUUCAUGCAAGAGGAGCUUUCGGAGCAGCUCAGGCAAUAUGAAGUCCUGGUUUUCUCUCGGGAACGGGAGCUGACCCAGUUAAGCGUGAAGUUACGGGAAGGGAGAGAUGCCGCCCGCUCAUUGAUUCGGCAUCUCCAGGCCCUUCUGACUCCGGAUGAGCCGGACGAGUCCCAGGGGUGGGACCUCCGAGAACAGCUGGCUGAGGGAUGUAGGCUGGCACAGGACCUCAUCCAAAAGCUCAGCCCAGCAAGUGACGAAGACGAGGAUGAAGGUGUUAAAGUUGAGGAGGCUGAGAAAGUAGAGGAGUUAUGUGCCCCCAGGGAGGUGCAGAAGGCUGAAGAAAAGGAAGUCCCUGAGGACUCACUGGAGGAAUGUGCCGUCACUUGUUCCAAUAGCCACGGCCCUUGUGAGUCCAACCAGCCUCACGGGAACACCAAAAUCACAUUUGAGGAAGACCAAGUCGACCCACCUCUAGUUGUAGACAGUGCAUCCUCUGAUGAUGAACGGCAGGAUGCUCCAAACCUUCCCCCAGAGUCUGAAGACUGCAAAGACCUCAUGAAGUCUACGCUGAGGGAUGAGCGGCUCUUCAUGCAAGAGGAGCUUUCGGAGCAGCUCAGGCAAUAUGAAGUCCUGGUUUUCUCUCGGGAACGGGAGCUGACCCAGUUAAGCGUGAAGUUACGGGAAGGGAGAGAUGCCGCCCGCUCAUUGAUUCGGCAUCUCCAGGCCCUUCUGACUCCGGAUGAGCCGGACGAGUCCCAGGGGUGGGACCUCCGAGAACAGCUGGCUGAGGGAUGUAGGCUGGCACAGGACCUCAUCCAAAAGCUCAGCCCAGCAAGUGACGAAGACGAGGAUGAAGGUGUUAAAAUUGAGGAGGCUGAGAAAGUAGAGGAGUUAUGUGCCCCCAGGGAGGUGCAGAAGGCUGAAGAAAAGGAAGUCCCUGAGGACUCACUGGAGGAAUGUGCCGUCACUUGUUCCAAUAGCCACGGCCCUUGUGAGUCCAACCAGCCUCACGGGAACACCAAAAUCACAUUUGAGGAAGACCAAGUCGACCCACCUCUAGUUGUAGACAGUGCAUCCUCUGAUGAUGAACGGCAGGAUGCUCCAAACCUUCCCCCAGAGUCUGAAGACUGCAAAGACCUCAUGAAGUCUACGCUGAGGGAUGAGCGGCUCUUCAUGCAAGAGGAGCUUUCGGAGCAGCUCAGGCAAUAUGAAGUCCUGGUUUUCUCUCGGGAACGGGAGCUGACCCAGUUAAGCGUGAAGUUACGGGAAGGGAGAGAUGCCGCCCGCUCAUUGAUUCGGCAUCUCCAGGCCCUUCUGACUCCGGAUGAGCCGGACGAGUCCCAGGGGUGGGACCUCCGAGAACAGCUGGCUGAGGGAUGUAGGCUGGCACAGGACCUCAUCCAAAAGCUCAGCCCAGCAAGUGACGAAGACGAGGAUGAAGGUGUUAAAGUUGAGGAGGCUGAGAAAGUAGAGGAGUUAUGUGCCCCCAGGGAGGUGCAGAAGGCUGAAGAAAAGGAAGUCCCUGAGGACUCACUGGAGGAAUGUGCCGUCACUUGUUCCAAUAGCCACGGCCCUUGUGAGUCCAACCAGCCUCACGGGAACACCAAAAUCACAUUUGAGGAAGACCAAGUCGACCCACCUCUAGUUGUAGACAGUGCAUCCUCUGAUGAUGAACGGCAGGAUGCUCCAAACCUUCCCCCAGAGUCUGAAGACUGCAAAGACCUCAUGAAGUCUACGCUGAGGGAUGAGCGGCUCUUCAUGCAAGAGGAGCUUUCGGAGCAGCUCAGGCAAUAUGAAGUCCUGGUUUUCUCUCGGGAACGGGAGCUGACCCAGUUAAGCGUGAAGUUACGGGAAGGGAGAGAUGCCGCCCGCUCAUUGAUUCGGCAUCUCCAGGCCCUUCUGACUCCGGAUGAGCCGGACGAGUCCCAGGGGUGGGACCUCCGAGAACAGCUGGCUGAGGGAUGUAGGCUGGCACAGGACCUCAUCCAAAAGCUCAGCCCAGCAAGUGACGAAGACGAGGAUGAAGGUGUUAAAGUUGAGGAGGCUGAGAAAGUAGAGGAGUUAUGUGCCCCCAGGGAGGUGCAGAAGGCUGAAGAAAAGGAAGUCCCUGAGGACUCACUGGAGGAAUGUGCCGUCACUUGUUCCAAUAGCCACGGCCCUUGUGAGUCCAACCAGCCUCACGGGAACACCAAAAUCACAUUUGAGGAAGACCAAGUCGACCCACCUCUAGUUGUAGACAGUGCAUCCUCUGAUGAUGAACGGCAGGAUGCUCCAAACCUUCCCCCAGAGUCUGAAGACUGCAAAGACCUCAUGAAGUCUACGCUGAGGGAUGAGCGGCUCUUCAUGCAAGAGGAGCUUUCGGAGCAGCUCAGGCAAUAUGAAGUCCUGGUUUUCUCUCGGGAACGGGAGCUGACCCAGUUAAGCGUGAAGUUACGGGAAGGGAGAGAUGCCGCCCGCUCAUUGAUUCGGCAUCUCCAGGCCCUUCUGACUCCGGAUGAGCCGGACGAGUCCCAGGGGUGGGACCUCCGAGAACAGCUGGCUGAGGGAUGUAGGCUGGCACAGGACCUCAUCCAAAAGCUCAGCCCAGCAAGUGACGAAGACGAGGAUGAAGGUGUUAAAGUUGAGGAGGCUGAGAAAGUAGAGGAGUUAUGUGCCCCCAGGGAGGUGCAGAAGGCUGAAGAAAAGGAAGUCCCUGAGGACUCACUGGAGGAAUGUGCCGUCACUUGUUCCAAUAGCCACGGCCCUUGUGAGUCCAACCAGCCUCACGGGAACACCAAAAUCACAUUUGAGGAAGACCAAGUCUACUCAACUCUCAUUGACUCAUCGUCUCAUGAUGAAUGGUUGGAUGCUAUACACAUUAUCCCAGAAAAUGAAAAUGAUCAUGAGGAAGAGGAAGAAAAAGGGCCAGUGUCUCCCAGAUCAUCUGGAAGGUUUUGUUGUCUAAUCUCUGUUGGUUGUAUCUUCUGUCAUCCCUGUCCUGCCUGGCUCAUCAGGAAUCUGCAGGAGUCUGAAGAGGAGGAAGCCCCCCAGGAGUCCUGGGAUGAAGGUGAUUCGACUCUCUCAAUUCCUCCUGACAUGUCUGCCUCAUACCAGUAUGACAGGAGCACCUUUCACUCAGUAGAGGAACAGCAAGUCGGCUUGGCUCUUGACAUAGGCAGACAUUGGUGUGAUCAAGUGAAAAAGGAGGACCAAGAGGCCACAGGUCCCUGGCUCAGCAGGGAGCUACUGGAUGAGAAUGAGUCUGAAGUCUUGCAGGACUCACUGGAUAGAUUUUAUUCAACUCCUUCUGGGUAUCUGGAACUGCCUGACUUAUGCCAGCCCUACAGAAGUGCGUUUUACUCAUUGGAGGAGCAACACAUUGGCUUGGCUGUUGAUGUGGACAGAAUUAAAAAAGACCAAGAAGAGGAAGAAGACCAAGGCCCACCAUGCCCCAGGCUCAGCAGAGAGCUGCUGGAGGUAGUAGAGCCUGAGGACUUGCAGGACUCACUGGAUAGAUGUUUCUCGACUCCUUCCAGUUAUCUAGAACAGCCUGAUUCAUGGCAGCCCUACGGAAGUUCCUUUUACUCAUUGGAGGAAGAACACAUUGGCUUUUCUCUUGAUGUGGAUGAAAUUGAAAAGUACCAAGAAGGGGAAGAAGAUCAAAACCCACCAUGCCCCAGGCUCAGCAGGGAGCUGCUGGAUAAGAAUGAGUCUGAAGUCUUGCAGGACUCACUGGAUAGAUUUUAUUCAACUCCUUCUGGGUAUCUGGAACUGCCUGACUUAUGCCAGCCCUACAGAAGUGCGUUUUACUCAUUGGAGGAGCAACACAUUGGCUUGGCUCUUGACGUGGACAGAAUUAAAAAAGACCAAGAAGAAGAAGAAGACCAAGGCCCACCAUGCCCCAGGCUCAGCAGAGAGCUGCUGGAGGUAGUAGAGCCUGAGGACUUUCAGGACUCACUGGAUAGAUGUUACUCGACUCCUUCCAGUUAUCUAGAACAGCCUGAUUCAUGGCAGCCCUACGGAAGUUCCUUUUACUCAUUGGAGGAAGAACACAUUGGCUUUUCUCUUGAUGUGGAUGAAAUUGAAAAGUACCAAGAAGGGGAAGAAGAUCAAAACCCACCAUGCCCCAGGCUCAAUGGGGUGCCGAUGGAAGCAGAAGAGCCUGAAGUCUUGCAGGACUCACUGGAUAGAUUUUAUUCAACUCCUUCAACUUACUUUGAACCACAUGCCUCAUUCCAUCACUACGGAAGUGACUUUUACUCAUUUGAGGAAGAGCACGUCAGCUUGGCCCUUUACAUGGACAAUAGGUUUUUUACUUUGACGGUGAUAAGGCACCACCUGGUCUUCCAGAUGGGAGGCAUAUUCCCACACUAAGCAGCCCUUACUAAGCUGAGAGAUGUCAUUGCUGCAGGCAGGACCUGUAGGCACAUGUAGGUUUGAAUGAAACUGUAGUUCCCUUUGGAAGCCCAGACAAAAGUUUUUAAUUGUAUAGAUUAAAAUAAUUUUGGACAAAAAUUAAAACUCAAUAGGAUGGGAAAGUGGGCAUGGCUCUAUUCCUAUUCUCAGACCAUGCCAGUGGCCACCUGUGCUCAGUCUGAAGACAUUGGACCCAAAUUAGAUGUGACACGUUCACAUGACUGUAGCACAUGCCGGGAGUGAUCUGCGAGACAUUCUAAUUUGAACCAGUUAUCUCUGGGUAGCUACAAAGUUCCUCAGGAAUUUCGUUUUGCAGGCAUGUCUCAGCUUCUAUAUCUGCUCAAGGUCAGUGUCAUCUUUGUGUUUAGCUCAUCCAAAGGUGUCACCCUGGUUUCAAUGAACCUAACCCCAUUCUUUAUAUCUUCAGUGUUGGUUUGUUUUAGCUGAUCCAUCUGUAACACAGGAGGGAUCCUUGGCUGAGGAUUAUAUUUCAGAGCCACUGACUGCUCUUGACAAUUGUUAACCCACUAGCCUCCUUUGAUUAGAGAAGCCAUGGUCCUUCAGCCUCCAAUUGAUAUCAAUACUUAGGAAGACCACAGCUAGAUGGACAAACAGCAUUGAGAGGCCUUAGCCCUACUCCUUUCAAUUCCAUCCUGUAAGAAACAGGAGUCAGGAGCUGCUGGCAGGGGACAGCAUGUCACCCGGGACUCUGCCGGUGCAGAAUAUGAACAAUGCCAUGUUCUUGCAGAAAACGCUUAGCCUGAGUUUCAUAGGAGGUAAUCACCAGACAACUGCAGAAUGUAGAACACUGAGCAGGACAACUGACCUGUCUCCUUCACACAGUCCACGCCACCACGAAUCACACAACAAAAAGGAGGAGAGAUAUUUUGGGUUCAAAAAAAGUAAAAAGAUAGUGUAGCCACAUUUCUUUAGUUAUUUUGAACCCCAAAUAUUUCCUCAUCUUUUUGUUGUUGUCAUUGAUUGUGGUGACAUGGACUUGUUUGUAGAGGACAGGUCAGCUGUCUGGCUCAAUGGUCUACAUUCUGAAGUUGUCUGAAAAUGUCUUCAUGAUGAAAUUCAGACUAAACGUUUUGUCAAGAACACUGCAGAGUCAAUACUGUGAGUUUCCAACCUCAGCCCAUCUGUGGGCAGAGAAGGUCUAGUUUGUCCAUCAGCAUUAUCAUGCUAUCAGGACCGGUUACUUGGUUAAGGAGGGGUCUAGGAGAUCUAUCCCUUUUAGAGACACCUUACUUAUAAUGAAGUAUUUGGGAAAGUGGUUUUUAAAAGUAUCAAUGUCUUGUAUUCCAAUGAUCAUCCUCUAAACAUUUUAUCAUUUAUUAAUCAUCCCUGCCUGUGUCUAUUAUUAUAUUCAUAUCUCUACACUGGAAAUUUUCUGUCUCAAUUGUUACUGUGCCUUUGUUUUCGCUAGUGUCUGUUGUUGAAAAAAAAAAACAUUCUCUGCCUGAGUUUUAAUUUUUGUCCAAAGUUAUUUGGAUCUAUACAAUUAAAAACUUUUGCCUAUCACUCUGGACUGUUGGAUUGUUUUUUACAUUCAGUGUUAUAAUCUUUUGUUAUGCUGAUUGGUUUUGGUGGGUACUGAUGCGAAUUAAUAAAAACAUUUUCAUUUCCCUGUU